GAACAUCCUCCGUCACGCAAAAGUAAAAUCAGCGUUAUACCAGAACCACUGCACAUUCCCCACCGCUUUUCCAAACAUUCUUGAACCCAACCGCCCACCCCGUCUCACCGGCGGCCACUGCUAUCGAUCACCGUCGGCCACCUCCAAACGACUUAUGCACGCACAACACAAACACACACACACUCUCUCGCUCUUUCUCUCUCUCUGUCUCUUGAAUUCUCACUGCCUCGCAGAUAAACAGAGUAAACCCUAAUCCAAACCCACAAUUUCUACCUUUCGUCACCACCAGUAAGCUUACAAUCAUCCCUACCCACAACCAUCAACCCUAACCCCCAAAUUAUCUCUCCCUCACUGAUAAGUAAGAUAUAUAUACGAUAAUUUUGAAAAUUUUUGUUGGUUAUAUUAGACUUUGAAUUUGUUUGCAAUUUCAUCGCUUCCGUUUGAACCUAACCCCCGCAGUUGCCACGAACACGAAUAGCCAUACACCCCAAGUGCUUGAUUGAACGAGGUUUUCAGGUAGGUAAUGGCGACCACAUCAGUUUCCCAUGGUCACGAGGAGGAUGCAGAACAGUAUGUAUUGCUUGAUCUGGAGGGUGUUUCUGGGCAAGUCCACAUUCCACCGAAUGCACCAUAUGUUCUAUCUGGCCUGGACACGUUGAACCCAAUAUUGACUAUUGAUAACAAAUUGAAGCUGAUUGGAGAAUACGAAGAAACAAUUGGGACAUGUUUGGUUUUCAGUGAGAGUGAUGCCGCUCCUGUGUUUCAUGAGGAGACAGGACCAUCUGAAGCCAACCUUUUCUCAGGCAAAUGCAUUGUAGACCCCAAGCAAACUUCAGCCAAGCAGGUCAACCCAGUUACAUCUCUUCAUAAGAUUCUUAAGUUCAGAUUAAUGUCGGAAGCUGCGAUUGAGGAUGCAGCCACCAAACAGAGUAAUAGUUUGUGA